AUGAAGGGAGAUCCAAAUAAGCGUAAUAGAAAUAAGUAUUGUCGCUUCCAUAGAGACCAUGGGCAUGAUACGGACGAGUAUUUUGACCUAAAGCAGCAGAUUGAGAAUCUUAUAAGGCAGGGGAAGCUAAGGAGUUUCCUUGGACGAGACCACAAGGACGAAAAACUCAAGGGAAAAGCUGAAGAGUCGUCACGGCCACCUCUCGAAGAAAUCAGAGUUAUUAUUGGAGGGAGCUCUACAGGCCAGUCGUCCAAGUCCAAGAAAACAUACCUAAAGGUGGUGCAGAGCGUCCAACUCUCUGGACGACCACCCAGAGAUAGAAACACGGACGAACAGGCAAUCACGUUCACUGAAGAAGAAGCAGAAAGAACCCACCAUCCUCAUGACGAUGCUAUUGUCAUUACCUUACUCAUCGCUGAUUACACAACCAGAAGGGUACUAGUUGAUAAUGGAAGCUCGGCAGAUAUUUUGUAUCUUUCAGCUUUUCAGCAGAUGAGGUUAGGAUGA